AGGCACGACAACAUGGCCGAAACGAAGCGUCCUCUGCCGCCAAAGGUCGCAGCCAUGAAGGCGCGAAAAAGACAGAAGCUUUCUACCGAGGACAAGGCCGCCACGUCGCAAAUUCAGAAGAAACCUGCAGCCGCAACAAAACGAAAGGUCACUCUGGACUCCCUAAAAUGGAAGCCCGUGUCACUUCCGGAUCGCAUGGACGACUACGAAGGAUUUUUUGGCCUCGAAGAAAUCGAAGAUGUCGAGGUCACUAGAGACGGGACCACCGGCACACUGGCUUUCCUAUCUACGGCCAACGCGGAUUCAGAGCAUGGGAACGACGAUAGCGAUGGUGCGGAAUCCUGGGCUGGCUUCGAAGAUGAAGAGCAGCCUGCUGCCAAGACCGAAGCAAAGGCGCCUGCUGCCAAGGCAACGAAAAAGGCGGCGCCUAAGAGCAAAGUGACGCCAGCACCGGUUGCUGAUUCUGCCAUAAGUGCUACAUUCGCGAGUCUGCCCGAAGACGGAGAAGAGGCAACGACAGAUGUGUCGCAAUGGAGAAAGCUGAAAUUGUCCCCAGACACUAUGGCCUCGCUAUCAAAGUUGGGCUUCGGAAAACCCACCGCCAUUCAAGAAGGUGUUAUCCCAGAGAUCCUCGCGGGCCACGACGUAGUUGGAAAAGCUUCAACGGGGUCGGGAAAGACGCUGGCCUUUGGCAUCCCAAUCUUGGAGAGAUUUCUCGAGACAGCUCAGCAACGCAAGUCGAAUAGGGGCAGUUCAACACCUCUAGCAUUGAUUCUCUCACCAACUCGAGAACUGGCACAUCAGCUCAAUAACCACCUCAGCGCUCUCUUUGAUGGCCUAUCGAGCGACAAACCGCGCCUUGCCACAUUGACGGGAGGUCUAUCGGUGCAUAAGCAGCAACGAUUGCUCAAAGAUGCACAUGUGGUAAUCGGUACUCCUGGACGCCUGUGGGAGGUAAUCAGCGACGGUCAAGGAGUUGCCGCAGCCUUGCAGAAAAUCGACUUCUUGGUCAUCGAUGAAGCGGACAGACUGCUCAGCGAGGGCCAUUUCAAAGAGGUCGAGGAGAUUCUGAACACUCUUGAUCGCGAGGAAGAUCGAGACGAAGAAGACGAAACAGACGAAGCUACGGCAGUGAAGACGAAGCCGAGCACGAAGAAGGCUGUGCAGCGCCAAACCCUCGUUUUCUCUGCAACAUUUGAUCGUGCCUUACAGAGAAAGCUCGUUGGCAAGGUCAGUCACAAUGACAGCCUUCUAAGCAACGCACAGUCUAUGGAAUAUCUGCUCUCGAAACUCAACUUCCGAGAAGAAGCGCCCAAGUUCAUCGACAUGAACCCCGUCAAUCAGCUGGCUACAGGUCUAAAGGAGGGCUUGAUCGAAUGCUCUGGCACCGAGAAGGAUCUCUAUCUUUACGCUCUGCUCCUGUUGUACUCAACGCAACGCACAAUCGUCUUCACAAACUCCAUCAGUGCAGUCCGUCGCAUAACGCCGCUGCUACAGAAUCUAAACCUCAACGCCAUAGCGCUACAUUCUGGCAUGGCACAAAAGGCUCGAUUGCGCUCUGUCGAACGCUUCAGUGGCAAGAACGCUGCGGGUAGGACCUCUCCCGCAAUUCUGAUUGCGACAGAUGUCGCUGCACGCGGAUUAGAUAUUCCAAGCAUUGAUCUGGUCGUUCACUACCACCUGCCGCGCGCAGCAGACACAUACGUCCACCGAUCGGGAAGAACAGCUCGUGCUGGCCAGCAAGGCUCAUCAGUGCUCAUCUGUGGCCCCGAGGAAGUCGCAGGUGUGCGAAGGCUGAUUGCCAAAGUCCAUGCGCAUUCAGCUAUUGCUGCUGAGAAGAAUGGAUCGGAUGCAGCGAAGCAAGGAUACUACAUUCGCACACUCGACAUCGAUCGCCGGAUUGUGUCUCGCUUGAAGGAUAGACUGACUCUUGCGAAGAAGAUCGCCGAUGCGACGAUAGCGAAGGAGAAAGCGCACAAGGAAGACGACUUCAUGCGUGAGGCGGCUGAAGAUCUUGGCGUGGACUACGACAGUGAGGAGCUCGAAAGGGAAGCUCCUGGUCGACACGGUCGUGGAGCUGGGCGCAAGAAGAAGGAAAAGGAAGCAUCGCAAAUGUCAAGAGCCGAGAUGGGUGCUAUGAAGGCGGAAUUGAAAGCUCUUCUCAAGCAACGAGUCAAUGUCGGCGUGAGUGAAAAGUAUUUGACAUCGGGAAACGUCGACGUGGACGCAUUACUUCAUCAACAGGAUGCUGAGCAGACGGGUACAGGAGGUUUCUUGGGCACUGUUGGCCAGCUUGGCUUUGAUGAUCUCUGAUUAUUUUGUCCGCUCUAAUUUCAAGCCUUCAAGGCCGCCGUCGUACUCAGACACAUCAUACUCGUUGGGGUACUUUUCAAUCACUCGCUUCAACGAUGCCGCCUGUUCCUUCAAUUCCGCUGUGGGCUCCGCAUACACAUCGCUGAGAAGUGAGCCAAGUGCAGGCUUCUUCUCCUUUUCUGCUUUGCGAUAGGCGGUCAAAACAUUUUUCCUCGUUGCGGUACGCAACUCUUUCUCUUUCUCCUCGUCCCAGAUGCCUUUACCUUCCAUCCACUUUCGCAGCCGGGUGAUCGGAUUGUCUCGUCGCUUCCAAUCCUCCACUUCCACUUUUGCGCGAUAAGCAAAGGAGUCAUCCGAAGUGCUGUGAUGUGAAACUCG